CGAUCGGGUUACCUCCCCUAACAUACUUUCACUUUGGCUACAGUACACACUGGUCACUUCGACAACACGCAUGUGCUAGGAACAGUCAGAAGAAUCACACUGCUCGACAGUCCACAUGGCAGAAUUUCUUGGUGCAGCCUUUAUACCCUAUUAUGGGCACCUUAUUGAAAUUUUGGAGACCAAUCCGGAAAUGAAAAAGAGUGCAAAAGGAAUUUUCCAGCAGAUGGCAUGGGGUGCAGGAGGUACAGCAAUGGGUGGAGUCUUAUUGGGACCUGCUGGGGCACUUGUGGGGGGACUGGCUGGUUCACUGAUUGGCUACAUGAAGUCGGAUAAUUACCAAGCUCUGAUUGUGGUGAUGAAAAACCUUAGUGACAGUGAAAAAAAGAGAAUAGUGCAAAAAGUACAAGAACUAGUGGGAAGUGUUGGUGUUGAGGAACUUGUUCGCUUUGUGGGAUCACAGGUCCAGAGAGACGCUUUGUUACAACUCCUCCGUGGAGCUCUUAAUGACAUAAAGGGUGGUUAACUCUGAAAGACUGUUCUAAUAAUAAGUAAUCAGGGUGCCUGAUUGUUGAUUAUUUGAGCUUUUAUAUGUUAUAUAUGGAUAGAGUAUGUAGAUGAAAUGCAUAUGUAUGAAAUUGGUUACAAAUAAAUGAGGUGUUCAGUUUGUGUAAGUGGAUCAUACAUUUACCUUUCUCCAGAAUUGUACAUAAAAUGUUAUUGGAACAAACUGAUAAAACUUGUUUACAAUAUGUGUGUACAUAGAGGUUCCUCAACGAGUGGUGGUUGGUUAUCAUGUUGUUAAUUUUCAAAUUGUUUGGACUCGAAGUUUACCUAGUGUCUUUUACAUUUAUAAAAUUAACUAAUGAUAGUUAUAUAAUAAUUCGAGGUUCUUAUAUACCGCUUUAUCACAACCU